CGCGCGCCCGCAGUUUGCCGCGAGCUGUCGAGUCGUACGCACGUGUCACAAUGGAGGGGACAAUGCCCGAAGACGAAGGAAUCGCCCCCGACCGCCGCCCCUCCACCGACGAGCAUGCCGACUCCUCGGACACCGCCUCCGAGGCGUCCGCUGGCGGGAAGGACUCGGGGUGCGAGGUAGCCGUCGACGCACAGGAACCACCCUAUUCCCCGCCCGACGAAGAACUUGCCAACCGCAUCGUCUCACAAGUCGAGUUCUACUUCUCCGACGCGAACAUCACCAAGGAUGCCUUCCUGUUGAAGCACGUCAGGAGGAACAAGGAGGGGUAUGUCUCCCUAAAGCUCAUCUCGAGUUUCAAACGAGUGAAGCAUCUGACCAAGGACUGGAGAGUUGUCGCCGAGGCUUUGAAGCGGUCCACUAAGCUGGAGAUCAACGAAGCCGGGACGAAGCUCCGCAGGAUCGAGCCCUUGCCACCGUACGAUGAGACCACACCGUCGAGGACCGUCGUCGCUGUGAAAAUGCCCAUAGAUCGUCCCUCGGUGGAAAACGUCUCCCGUCUCUUCGCAGGGUGUGGGGAGAUCGCCCUGGUACGUGUGUUGAGACCAGGUAAUCCUGUGCCCGCGGACGUCCGUCAGUUCCUCAAUAAGAACCCGAGUUUAGUUAACUGUGUGUGUGCUUUAGUGGAGUUUACCGAGUCAGAAUCGGCUAGGGAAGCGUUGCGUCUUCAGGGCCCUGAGGAGGAGGGCAUGAAAGUGUAUGAGCUGAAUGGUGUUCCUAAGGAGCCGAAGAGGAAAGCCCCGAUCCGCCGCGCACCCCCGCGCCGCCACGAGUGUGAAUACUCCUCGUGUUGCAGCGGCUCCGAGGCCGAAUACGAUUACAGAUACGGCAACCCGUUCUACAGAAGAAACUCGAGUGGGUUCUUUGCGCCGCGCGCUCCAGAGAUCCAAACGUGGGUGCCGCGGAGGCCGUCCACUUGCAGUCACAGUUCGGAUUCUGGUGUGUCGUUCUACUGCAACUCUAGGAGAGCGUCGCAGGCGAGUACUGGGAGCAACAGCAGCGCGGAGGGGUGGCUGUCGAGGAGGUUGUCGGGGUGUUCGUUGUCUGGCACUGAGUGUGGUGGGAGGCGGUUGUCGUGCGCGCCGCGGUUCGAGCCGCGGACGCCGGUGGUCCCCGACGGCACGCGCGGCUUCCACGCCGCCGCCCGCCAGCGGAGAAUCUCGGACCUCGCGCUAUAUUCUCGCUAGAAAGUGCUCGCCGAGCGUAACUCCUUUCUAAUCACGUUGGAUAACUGCCUUUCACGCUGGCCGCCGUUUUUUAAUCUAUUUCGUACGAGGAAACGACGCUGCGCAUUGUUUACGCGAUCGCGUGUUCCGUUAAGCUAUUUUAUAUUUUUUUCUUUUUGUAAUGCGAUCGGAUUUUCGUAAUUGACGCUCUCGCGGCGUUCGUUUCGCAGUUUGAUAAUUUGAACUAGGCCGUCCGUAAAUUUAAGAUUUCUACCUAUUUAUGUAACUUUUUCUGCAUAGUAUGAAAAAGAUUGUGAUGAGCUCAUUUAGUUUGUAAGCCACACACAGCUGUGUUAAACUGUAAUUUAUUAGAGUUAUUUAUUCGUAAAUCGCGUAAUUUAUUACGAUAUGCGCGCAUGCGUCGUGGAGGAGUUUUCAUCCGAGCUAUGUCCGAGUUGUGUGCACAAAAUGAAUUAACAAAAUCGACAUUCGCGAGCGAAUGUAGACUCUAAACGUUGAGCCUUAAUAUCUUAAUUGUAAAGAUCUCGUCUAAAUUGUGAAGCGGAAUAACGGACCGAAACGGAAUGGAAGUUACGCAAGAAAAUUGCUAUGAAAUGAAUAUACUGAUAUGCGUUCUGAAAACUGGAGUAAGAGGCAACGGUAACAUGUUAUUCGGCCUGUCAUUCCGCCAAAUACGCACCACGACGCGUUAUGGCGACACUAACAGAAUUUCAAAUACAUACAUUGUUUACUAAAAAUAAGUCAUUAAUUUAACUUAUAAGUCAGUCGCGCCAUGUCAUAUGUUUUAUUUUAAGUUUUUUUAAUGUUAUUUUUAAGCUUUUGUUGUGAUGUAGUGUACAAGGAGAAUGUAUACAAGUUGCGUAAGUACCCACUUUCGUGUCUUGAGCGGGUUACUUUAUUUAUUUUUUUAGUUGCGGUUCGAGAGUAAACGGUUGAAAUAGCGAAGGGGAAAAAUUAUAAAAUCAUUCUUGACUAAAAAUUUACAUAACAACAUAAACAGUUCUUGUAUGUCCCACGUCUGAGUCUGUCCCCCCUACAACAAAAGGGGUGUUAUACCACUGCUGCAUUGUCUAUUUGGUGGCGAUGUACAGUCAUGAGCAAUAUCAUGUACACACUUUAGAACCUCGUCGCACUAUCAUAUUUGUCAUUUAAUGAGACUUACGGUUUCAUUUGCAACAAAGUUAAUGUAAUAUUUUCAAAGUGUAUACAUAUUAGUAUAUUCAAACUUUUAAAGACAUUGUAUUAUAUAAAAACCAGUGAUUUACUAACUAUAGAUAUAUUCAGUGGAGGUAAAAUAAACCUACUUAUAAGUAGCCGUAAGAUUACAUAUCAUAGACUGUCCAUAAAAUACUUUCACCUUCGCUGCCUUUAACCGCUGACUCACAAACCUCAACUCUUGCGCGAUACAUACUCGCGAUAAUUUUGAAUUUCGAACGGGAAUCGUUCCGGUA